AUACCUCUGCUACCGAUUCUCCUUUUAUUUCAGGAAAUUCAUUCAAAGAUUUGGGGGUUUUAACAUUUUACCUGAGACGGGUGUGGGCUGUCGCGCGUCCAGAAAGGCUUUAUAGUGAACAGUAAUUGACAGAGUUGUCAAAUACCCCAGACCCGCGAGCUAGCUGCUUGUUCGUAAACGAUGUGGGCAUUGCAUAGGUUUCAUUCAUUUUGGCUAAGGCUAGCUCUGUAGCGGCGGUUGUACUUGCUAACGUUAAGUAACUUGUCGCUGCUGCAUUUGCGUUACAAAACCCAGCUACAUUGUGACUUUGAUUAAUUGAAUUGAGAGAUAACAAUAUCGCGUGUCAAACAUUUAGCCACUGUAACGUCAGCUAGUCUGCAAAGUGAAUUAACGCCAGGGUUAGCAAGGUAACGUAACGUUAUUAUUUUACUAUUUAUUAUGGAUUAUGAACAUAAAGCGAAGGCAGUGGGUGACUGCUUGCUAAGCUACAAGAGGGAUGAGGCCGGGUGGAAAGUCUGCAAGAAAUCGAAUGACGUGGUUGUGUCUUGGCGUCCGUCGUCUGAGUUCCCUGGGAAUGUUUAUAAGGGCGAGGGGAUUGUCAGCGGCAGCCCGGAGAAAGUGUGGGAGUGUCUGAAACCAGUACCCAGUGGGCUCAGAGUCAAGUGGGACAACAAUGUCAAAAGGUUUGAGCUUUUGGAACAAAUCACAGAGGACAUCUCUGUCUGCCGAACAGUCACGCCCUCAGCAGCUAUGGGCAUCAUAGCUCCACGAGACUUUGUAGAUGUUAUUUUAGUCAAGCAAUACGAGGAUGGCACCAUUUCAUCAAAUGCCACCAAUGUGAGUCACUCGGGCUGUCCUCCCCAGUCCGGCUACGUGAGAGGAUUCAACCACCCAUGUGGUUGCGUCUGUGUUCCCAUCGCAGGAGAGCCCAACAAAACCCAGGUGUUCAGCUUCUUCCAAACGGACCUGGGUGGCUUUCUCCCCCGCUCCGUGGUGGACUCGUUCUUCCCCUCCAGCAUGGCGGAGUUCUACAGCAACCUGAGCAAGGCCGUCAAGUCCCUCAAGAGCCUUUGACACCAAGAGUUCAGAGAUCUGCCUUCAAAUCUGGGGCCUACUGACUGGUCAGGCCUGUUGGUUUAUUCCAUUUUAAACCAUUCAAACUCAGCAGCAAUCGGUACACUGUCACUAUUAACCGCUUAUCUCAAAUCUCUCCAGUCCACAAUUUGUUUUAAAAAUUUUACUGCAGGAGGGAUCCAAGUCCCAAAAUAACAAUGAGGGCUUGCAUUUGUCAAAACCCGCAUCUCAAACUCCAGUCUCUUUACAUCCCCGUCUAAGGGAUGAAUUUAUUUCCUCCAAUCUGAAGAAUGAAAAUAGAUGUAACAUCUAUAUUUGUAUAUGUGCUAAAAGCACAGAAGAUCUUUACUUUUUGCCACUUUGAUGAGUCACUAGACAUUCCCUCUUCUUAUGAUUGCAUACUUCAGUGUGUACAGUGAACAUGCAUGUUGCAUGGACCGUAUAUUUACCCUAUGCUGGUGUCAGGUUGUUGGUUUAGAAUACUGACUCAUACCUCAUAUUUAGUCGUCUGUGUUGUACUUGAACUGCCAUUUGCUCAUCUCCAGCUCACCUGUAAGCCAUGAAUAUCUGCCUCUUUAAUCAGCUACACUGAAGCACAGGUGGGAUGGCAUUGGUGGCAUUUUUAAACAAAGGCAGUUUUUUUUUUAAAUGCCUUUUAAAAUAGGAUAAGUUAUGUGCUGCUUUAUUGAGCAGAAAAGUGUCUUCCCACACACGCGCACGCACACAUUCAUAUAUACAUACAUAUAGUAUCAAUCAAAAGCUUGGACACAUUCUGGGAAAGUGUGUCCAAACCUUUGAUAUAGAUAUUUACAGUAGCUUAUAUUGUAAAAGUGAGUACUAGAAAGGUGGUUUUCCUAUCACUAAGAUGAAACUGUUCCAAUGCAUAAUAAUAAGCAAUGCAAGGAGUAAAGACUCAACAUUUAUAAGUCAAAAGUAACCUGGCAAAGCUAGAGAGCUUUACUGGAGACACUGUUAAAGUGUAAAAGAUGCUAAAAUGCACCGCAAGGUGCCUUUUAUGUAAUGUGUCUAAACACCUUAAGAGUGCAAUAAUGCUCUGAUAGCUCGUGCACUUGGCAAAGGAAAAAAAAACAGUGGGGCGAAUUCACAAAGAAUGGAUUGUGGCUGCUGAUAGCACCAUGAAUUGUGCAUCACUUGGGACCGCUAUCUAUGGCACUAACGAUAUUACAGCGCAAACUCAGUAAAGUUUUGCAGCUUAGUGCAAUUUGCCCUAUUUUGCCUCCGACUACAAUUAUUCAUGUGGCAAAGUAUACAUUUUGCCUUUACGCCAUUAACAUAGUAGGCAGAACAAUAACCGAGAGGUCCGCCGAGUUGCAGAGGCAUUCCUCAAAACUUCUGACAAGGAAUUUAAAGGUGACAGAGUUGGCAGCACAGUUAGGGGUGCGUUUCACCCUUUGUGGGUGCUUUUUCAGAAUUACGUGGUGUUUUUUUUUGCCCAAUCCUUUUGUGAAUUUGCCCCAGAUUGUUUAUUUAAAUUGUUUAAAAAAAAGAAGACUCCCCAAUUUCAGAUCACAUUACUGCUGUAACAUUGUCGAUUUUUUAAGUUUUUGGUUUAGAAGGCUUUUUUAUUGACAAUAGUUCACGGUAGAAAUGGCAAAGGCCAGUCCCAGUAUAUACACAAGUCCAGUUUCUCAGAAGGCCACCUCACUGUCUACACAUUGUAGUCAAUGAUGGUUCUGUACAGGCGAGAAAUGAAUGGGAAAUGUAUUCGUGGAACUAAAUGACACUAUUUCCACUUUUUAAUUCUUAUUAUAAUUCUUAUGUAAUACCUGGACAGAAGUCCAUCCACACUGACCAACGGCUUUAUUUACAGUAUAUCAUGUUGUCUUGUUAUUUAACGUAAAAAAAAGUGCCAGCCCCGCGGCAGCCAACCACCACAAAUAGACUCUAAUUUCUGUGGUACUGUAUAAAAAUAUAAAAGUUGCUCCUGCAUUAUAUUUACAUAGAUAAUAUAUACCAAUGUAAGUUAUUCCACAACUGCCAGAAUCUUCUUUUAGGUAUUCAGAAAGAAAAUGGAAAUCACUACAAAUGUACUGUACUCAUUUUAUUCCUCAUAGGCUGAGACUCACUUUGGUUGGAGAAAUAAGAAAAUGCUACAUCUGGGUGGUUUGAAAAGACACCACAGUUCAGGGUUAACCCUUCCCUUGAUUCUCUCUGUAUUAAGGUUGGCGUGGACAGUUCCUUAAUGAUAAGUUAUGGAUCCCUCAGUAUGAACUGAAUGAAUAGUAGCGAACUGUUUGUGAACCCCACUUUCUCCAGAGCCUUCAUUUGUAUAAUAUGCUAUACUGUAUAGGGUGACAUGUUUUAACUAGUCUUUGUUUAGGAGUAUCAGGAUUCCUUUUUUUUUAAAGUUUGUCUCUUAACCUGCAA